ACUGGAACUGACACGGAUAGACAACGAGUUGUCUAGUGUCUUCAAUCAUUUUUAGUUACACAACAUAAACAUUUUAAAGUAAAUUUUUCCAAUUUUUGUGUUUUAUUCUACCCAAUUUCAUCGUCGGCAGCUUCAACCCUUUUAAUACAUGCAAAUCCUGGGGAUGUUCUACCAGACGUAACAAUAUUUCCCUUUCCCGCAAAAGCGUAUAAGCUAAAAGAGACGCUUCUUUUGCUCUAUCUCUCUCUCCUUCACCUGUUCUCCUUGACGUUCAUGUGGUGUUUUAGCCGUAUCUUCUCGUUACAAUAACACAUUAAUAUCGAUCUGUUACGUUGGUAUGGGUGUAGUACCGCGUGAAGUCGCGUUACCAGUUUCGUUCGUUGGCACGGUGACUUGUUGUCGGUACUGUCAUUUUCAUCUUUGCCUCGUUCCAGUGCGGUUCGGUGUGUUACCGUGUAAACUUCCUAAGCGCAAGGGAAUAAUUACCUGUCGUAAGAAUGCCGCGCCCACGUACCACUAUGGAGGAGUUGGUGAAGCAGCAGUUUCGUCUCAUCAUGUUUCUGAUCAUUUCGAUCAUAAUGCUUUCAGUGCUGAUAUGCCAGAUCAUCGAACUGCUGGAGACGAUGAAACCGGGUUUGAUGAUGCUGAAGGCGUUGAUGAUCAAUCUCGAUCCACAGAUGUUUCACGAACGGAUGAGCCUGAUACAGAGUUUGGCGUACAGAAGCCACCGCAAUAUAACGAUGUGAGGCAGCAUGCGCAAUAAACCAACUGGAUGGUUGAGUCAGUACGUGUGGUGACCUUUUUUCUUCUCUUCAAUAAACCACGAAGGCAUGUUUCUAAUAAUACAACUCUUUUAUUCAUCUAACAUAAUUUGAUGACAGUAAGCAAAACAAUCUCUUUCCUCGCUUGUGGAUACACAUUUUGUCGAUGUGUUUAUUCUUCGCUUUCCGCUUUUUUUCUAUUCGCCUUAAAGUGUCUGCGUUUGCGAAACGUGAUGAUCGCAUCGUGUUGUUCAGCUCCGCCUUUUGUGAAUGGAUUUUUUUUUGCUCUCCACAAUACUCAAGGGGGAUAACAAAGACGGCUAGUUGGUCUUGCUGUUAUAUAUGCUUUUUUUACUCGUCAUGCGCAAUACAAAAUUUUCCAUUUUACCAUGUUAAUUGUUAAAACACUAGGCGUCUCCAUGGAUCCAUAAGUAAUAAAAUUGUAAUAAAAUUAUAUUAAUUUUUGGAACUUUUUUACAAAAAGGUAUUUUAAUGUGAGAAUCCCUCUUCAUAAAAGAAAUAAAGUCUUUUACGUAGCGUGCUGGCAAAUAUGCAAUCAAGCGAGUUAUAAACAUCGAGUUAGGAUACUACGAAGAAGCGGAAAUAUAAGAAAAAAUAGGGAAAAAUGCGAAUGGUUGAAAUGUUCUGUUGGUUUUGUAGGAGGGCUGGUUCAAUGACUUCACGUGAUGAUAGUCUUCCAUACGCUACGAAUAAGGAAGCGAGAACGUAGAAUCAAACAAUAUAAAAAUCACUUAUGGUUGUCGACUUCUGACUAGCUGACCCAGCAUCAGCUGUUGAGCCAGGUCGCGUUACAAUGAUGCGAUUGUAACAAACAAAGCGAAAUAAAAGCAGCUGUAAAUGAGCUAGCUUGCUGUGUUUUUGUUUUUCUUUCUUGACUACGAAAGUAGGUCAGUAGAACAUAUUGAUGUAGGUCAACGACAACCGUGACAUUGACCUUGUUUUCUGAUGCUGGUUUUUUAAGCGAUUUUUCAACAUUUUUGUGA